AAAGCUGCAGCUCAAGGGAGACUGUUCCUCUUCAAAUAUGAGAUACACACAGCCUGAGACACCCUGCAGGGUUUAUACCUGGUCUGCACUUUCCUCUGUGAUAAGGAAAUUGUAAUUUCUUAGAGAAACGUUCUGCUGUUGGAUAAACAACAAACAGUAAAAAUUAACAUUAUUAUUUUGCUGGAUACAUCUACUCAUUACUGGAUACGAUCUCACCUACUAUAGCCCCAGGAUCAAUGGCAGUACCGGCCAUGUGUGAGCCUGGGCUGUUGACUCCUGAGCCGACCAGCCCCAGUAUGUACUAUGGAGAAUCUUCAGACACCUAUUACCAAGUAGACCGUUGGCAGAAACUACGAACCGCAGUCCGGAAACUGGAAUUCUGGGAAAGUUUCAAUGCUGAGCUGAUUGGGAGUGGGUUUUUCUCUAAAGUCUACAAGGUGUCUCAUGGAGCAGGAGUGAAGUAUAUGGUGGUAAAAAUUUACAAAAACGAAGUAGACGAGGAAGUCAUUGUCCGAGAAAUAAGUCUUCUACAGAAACUGUCUCACCCCAACAUUGUACGGUACCUGGGGAUAUGUGUGAGAGAUGAAAAGCUGUAUCCUAUCUUAGAGUAUGUAAAUGGUGGAUGCCUAGAAGAGUUAUUGGCCAGUAAAGAUAUCAAGCUCACCUGGAAAGAAAAAGUAGACUUGGCAUGUGAUAUCAGUCGGGGAAUGGUUUACCUGCACUCGAAGAAUAUAUACCAUAGAGACCUCAACUCAAAGAACUGCCUUAUCCGGGUGACGUCACGGGGCAGGGAAGCUCUGGUGACAGAUUUUGGCCUUGCUCGGGAGGUGGUGGAGCUGCCUCUAAAGAAUGGAGAGAGAAAACUGUCUCUGGUGGGAUCUGCAUUUUGGAUGGCUCCAGAGAUGUUGCGAGGGGAACCUUAUGACAGAAAGGUUGAUGUGUUCUCUUUUGGGAUUGUCCUUUGUGAGAUUCUGGGCCGAAUACCAGCUGACCCUGAAAUUUUGCCAAGAACGCAGGAUUUUGGGCUGGAUGUAGUUGCUUUUCAAGAGCUAAUCAGGGAUUGCCCUAAAGAAGUCCUGGAUUUAGCUGUUAGCUGUUGUCGGCUUGAAGCAUUUAAGAGACCGUCAUUCAUGGAACUUCUUGAUGACUUGGAAGACGUAGCAGAAGCCCUAGAAUCACAGACUGAGCUCCAAAGUUCUGGUUGACACUUUGUGAUGUAAUGGACUCUACUCAUAGACCUUUACCUUGUAAAUAAAUGUACAGACGUCAGUUUUCAACAAGAGAGCUGGGAAAUAAUUAUAAAUAGUAAAACCAAAAACUGGUAUUUAUUUAACUGGAUUAUAUUUUUGUGACUUUAACAUUCUCCAGUUUUGUGAAUUUUGUAUCUACCAUAUGUUUUAAGCUAAUGCUGUGACCAUCUGAUCCUCAAUAGUCUGCAGCUUGUGCUUUUACUGAUAUCUUUCAGGGUGUAAAAUCUCCAGCUGAACAGCCAUUUUGGAAUGUACUAUUCACUCCAUCCAUGCGGGGGGAGUAUGGAUUAUAUUUUAGUUUCAAAAACAA